GACGCACUCGCACACAUUCCUUUCAGCAAUAAUUGACCGUAGCUGCCCCUUCUAGAGCCCUCUUGCCCGCUCCCCGCUCCUCACCCCCAUCCACCUCGGCCUCUCCUCGCCAGCUCAUCGUUGACGUCGCCAUGCAAGCGCUGGACAACUACCUCGUCGCCCACUGGGAUGGCCGCGCCGUGCAGCAGUGGAUGGCCAACAACGUGGACAUCGGCAUCUACAUCGCCGCGGCCUACCUGACCUUCGUCUUCAAGGGCCCCAUCCUGGUGGACUACAUCUUCCGCGGCAGCCCGCCUACGAAGCUGAUCAAGACGUGCUGGGCCGUCUGGAACGUCGGCCUCGCUGUCUUCUCGAUGUACGGCGCGUACCACAUCGUCCCGACCUUCGUGGGCAACCUGUACAAGUACGGCAAGCGCGACACCCUCUGCGUUUUCCGCGAGGACGAGUUCUUCACGGGCCCGAUCGGUAUGUCGAUGGGGCUCUUCACCAUUUCGAAGCUGCCGGAGUUUGGCGACACCUUCUUCCUCGUCCUCGGCGGCAAGCGCUCCGUGCCCUUCCUCCCCUGGUUCCACCACGUCACCAUCUUCCUCUACGCGUGGAUGGCCUACCAACAGGCCUCGAGCGUCUGGAUCGUGCUCGCUGCGCUCAACUACUUUGUGCACUCCGUCAUGUACACGUACUUCGCCUUGACGGAGGCGGGCUUCAAGAACCUGGUGAGGCCGUUUGCCAUGUAUAUCACUCUAAUGCAGAUCACGCAGAUGGUGAUUGGUCUCUACUUCACCUUCUGCUUCAUGUUCUACCACAGUCAGGACCCGGAGGGCUGCAACGGCUCCACGGUGGCCCUUGCUCGUGGCCAGUGCAUGAUCUACUUCUUCAACUUCUACCUCUUCUCGGAGAUGUUUGUGAAGGGCUAUAUCCUGCCUCGCAAGGUCCCCGUCGAGAGCGCCCCUGCCGUGAAGAAGAACGAGUAA